UCCACCUAACGCAUCAUCCUCUCCUCCGGCUGCGGCUGUUGUCUCUGGAUGAAUGAAGCUUUAACCGUCUGAGGUCCUCCUCCUCCUCUUCCUCUUCCUCCUCCUCCUCCUCCGCCUCUUGUUCUCCAUCGAGGCUGCCGUCGACCAGCGUGGCCGAGCUGGGGGGGAAUCCGGGCAAAGGGAGCCGCGGCGCCGCGCACCGGCCGACGGACGCCCCGCCGCGACGCGCCACCAACAUGCUCACCCGGGUCAAGUCCGCCGUGGCCGGGUUCAUGGGUGGAAUCAUGGCCGGGGGCGGCUCCGGCGGAGGGGAUCACGCCGGUUCCGACCUGCCGCUGAAAUUCCCAUAUAUGAGACCCGACUUCCUCGGCCUGUCUCCGGAUGAGAUCGAGUGCUCCGCGGACCACAUGGCUCGGCCCAUCCUCAUCCUGAAGGAAACCAGGAGAUUACCGUGGGCCACCGGAUACGCAGAGGUGAUUAACGCAGGGAAGAGUGCACUGAACGAGGACCAGGCCUGCUGCGAGGUGGUCGUGGCGAGGAGGAGGCCGAUGAGCUACUGCCCUCCGUCCACGUCCAGCAAGACCCCCACGGCCAAGAGACGCACCUCGCUGCCCAACGGGGAGGGCCUGGGGCUCCGCAUGGAGCACGGCAUGCUGGGAGAGGACAAUGAAGGACUGGUGUUCCACUACUGGGCCUUGUUCGACGGCCACGCUGGCUCAGGUGCGGCAGUUGUCGCCUCUCGCCUUCUGCAGCACCACAUCGCCUGCCAGCUCCAGGCCGUCAUCGAGAUCCUACGCAAUCUAGCCUCCUUGCCCCCGACAGUCCUGAGCGACGAGCCCGACAGCAACCCCUACCUCCAGGGGAACACGCCGGGCCCUCAGCGAACCCUCACCCGGGUCGCUUCCCUGCGUGGGUCCGCAGGUGCGCCGGCUUCCCCGUGCAACACCCUGCCUCAACCUCGCUUCUUUAACGAGAAGAAGAUCCAACACGAGAGUCUGGUGAUAGGAGCCAUAGAGAACGCCUUUAAAGAGAUGGAUGCCCAAAUCGAGAGGGAGAAGCAAGUCUUUAACAUCACGGGAGGAUGUACGGCUCUCACUGUGGUUUACCUGCUCGGAAAACUAUACAUUGGGAAUGCAGGCGACAGCAGGGCUAUCAUCGUGAGGAACAACGAGAUCGUUCCCAUGUCGACAGAGUUCACGCCGGAAUCAGAGCGACAGCGACUCCAAUUCCUGGGUUUCAUGCAGCCCCACCUGUUGGGAAAAGAGUUCACGCACCUGGAAUUUCCCCGGAGAAUCCAGAGGAAGGAGGUGGGCAAGAGGAUGCUCUACAGAGAUUUCACCAUGAAUGGAUGGGCAUACAAGACCAUUGUGGGUGAAGAUCUCAAGUUCCCACUAAUAUAUGGGGAAGGGAAAAAGGCACGAGUGUUGGCCACCAUCGGUGUGACCCGAGGGCUCGGUGACCAUGACCUCAAAGUGCAUGACUCCAACAUCUACAUCAAACCGUUCCUUUCCUGUUGCCCUGAGGUGAAAGUAUACAACCUGAUUCAGUAUGAGCACAAGGCCGAUGAUGUUCUGGUCAUGGGAACCGACGUCUGGGAUGUCCUCUCCAACCAGGAAGUGGCCGAAGCCGUCACCACAUUCCUGGCCAACUGUGACCCUGAUGACCUACACAGGUAUACCAUGGCGGCACAAGACCUGGUGAUGCGAGCGCGCGGCGCGCUGAGAGACCGAGGCUGGAGGAUCACCAAUGAGCGCCUGGGCUCCGGGGAUGACAUCUCCGCCUUCAUCAUACCCCUGAUGUACGGCAACCGUCAGCCCUGAGGAGCCCGACUGAGAUGACCAACAGGCCUGAUGUGGAAUGAGAAUCCCCGUUCGGUUUUCCUCAUGUGCUAUUUGCACAUUUUCCUCCUUAGACUAACGAUGUCCUAAUGUUUGGAUGUUUAGACUUGUUGGUGUUUCAUGUCUCGACAGGAGUUCAGACAGGAGUUGGUCAACCAACAAAUGUUGCUGCCACAGCUAAAGUCGGAUAAGCAUAAAAUAUUGACACUUGGUCAUUUGAUUUUAAUCAAAAUUAUCUUGACAAUAGCGAUUGACCCUGAACUCCUGCAGGGACGUGAAAGCCCUAAUAGAUGAAUGUACUUCCAAAAUGAGGAAAAGACCUCUUGACUUUCUGUCCUACUUAAUUCUCUUGCAGUGCUUCACAUAUCCCCUCUUCCUGCCACUCUUUAAGUCCUCCCCUCUUCUCCCGUACUGUACACUCAACUUGUUUGUGAAAAGACAAACCUCCUUCUUCUCGUGACCGUGGACCGAGCUGACGGGUCAGCUGCGUACUCUGUUUGGCCAUAGCGUGGCUUUGAAGGACUCGCUUGCUGAAGAACUGCUUCCAGAUUGUUUUUUAGAUCACGGACUGAUUGCAGCGACGAGAUUUUGGUUCGACCCAAUCUGAGCACAAUUCAUUUGUAUUUCUUCGUGGCUUUCAGCUAGUGUGAGCCCAGGAAGCCAGACUUAUUUGAUCACGUGGCGGGUUGUGGGGUGGGGUGCAUGGUGAACAUCCAUGUUUCUAAGAAUGUGGACGCAGAAGAAAAAGACACGAGGACCUGAUGUUGACCACCUCCACAGUGGUGAGGCAAAUCAGGGUGAGCGCUCUGUAUGAAUGACACAAGUGUAAUUAGAAAAUUGGCAUCAUGUAACAUCUGCACAGAAAAAGAUGUUCACUAUUACAAGUCAUUUCAUCUGAUAUGAAGUCUUAAAAAUGUUUCUUUUUAAAAUGAAUCUGUUGGUCUUAGCUGCAUUAAGUUGGUGAAUAGCAGUCAUGGUUAUGGUGUUUUUAUUAUGAUCAGAAAAUAUUCAUGAAACUUCUCUAUGUCAUCAUGUAGGGUAAAAGUCUGGCUUUAGUUCUGAGUUAGAUGAGAAGUUUGAUACCACUUAGGAGACCGUGAGCUUAUUUUAUCUAAAGUUUGGAAACAGCGGGAGCUAGCUUACUUCCGUCCAAAGUUAAAACAAAAGUUAUCUAAAAGUUAACACAUUACACCACAUAUUUUGUCUGAAUUAAACAAAAAACUAUUUCAUGUUUGCCUGUGAGUUUCACAAGUGCUGCUAGGAUCGUUAGUUUCACAUCUCGCUCAGCUAACGGUCUCCUGGUUGUCGCAUCGUAUUUAACGCAAUUUUCUCACUAACUCUCGGCAAGAAAACCAAUUAGUUUUCCCAAAAUGUGAAACUAAAACCUUUUAAAUCAGUAUUGUAUUAUUACUUUAGUUUAAUAAAAAAGUGGCCAACCUCACAAGACGAAUCAUUAGAUGAGAUGACUCGCACUUUAGACUAGCCCACAUCAUGAACCAUGCAGCCACGAUGUAUGGAAUUAUGAAGGGACAAAUAUUCCCUGCAGCAGGGAGGAUUCAAUUAAAUUAAUAAUGAUCACGAAAUACAAUCAAAGUCAACCUGGACAAAAGUUUGACGGAGGAAAAGAACGGAAACCUUUUGUUCGCUUUAACAUGGUUUGCAUGUUUCAUACGCUUUACAUGCUCGAUCCCGUCAGGUCUGGCGGUAACAAUGUUCUGAGUUUGGAUGUAGUGAUGUUGUCAGUGCAUGCAGUGACAUAUUAGGCUGGGAAUAUGAGCGACGGUGCAAUGGUUUACACUGCUGAUUAAUUUUUUUAUGGACUGAAUUUGUAUUUCUGUAAUGUAUCAAAGCGUUUGUGAUAAUGUUAUUUGUUUGUCGAUGUGCAUAGACCAUGCAUAUGAUUUUAAGAGUUAUUUGCAUCCCAGACAUUUAGCGUAUGAGCUGAGGGUAUGAUUUGUUGCGAGAGACAGGAAUGAAAUGAAACUAAAAUGCUCAUGGCCAGACACAGAACUUCAUUUUUUAUUUAGCACUUUUUUCGAGCCAUGUCGGUGGACACGAAGAGUUCCGCUUGUCUAAAAACAGAGUCGCAGCCUCAGAAACUUUAUGUGUGUGUGUAUAUUUUCUCUCUUCUCUCCAUCAUUAUUCUGCAUUCAUACAGGCUACACUGCUCAGCCAGUCACACUGGGUUGAGAUGCAGCGCAGGCAGUCUGGUGGAAGGAGACUUCAGGUUUAUUAAGUCAUCAUUUUUUAAAAGUUUGAUUCCAGUAUGUUAAAGAAAUUACAGCAUCCAAAUAAUAACUUCUAAAAGUGUUUUGAUUGACAGAAAUAAACAGUGAGAGUUUAAAUUGUAUGAUGUGUUGGACAGAUUUUCAUUUUGGCAAUUUGUCUCCUUAUUUCAUAAAAUCGACAGAAUCCAAAGAUCAUUUGGAAGUCGUGCACUGCCACUACCUUGUAUAAGGAAUAAUUUGACAUUUUGGUGAAAUGCGUUUGCCAAAAAAUCGCACUCUUGUUUUACAUCACAUGAUAUGUGCCCAUGUGUAGCAUGGCCUAUGAUCUUAGCUUUGACUCUAUUGCCGUUGACAAUUACCAACAUUCUUCCCAGCAGCAGUCUUUACAUUUGUCUAAAAUCCAUAUGGUACAUUUUUCCUCCUGUACAUUCCACAAAAGAAAUAUUUAAAUUUAAAAUGCCCUAUUGUAAUAUAUCAUUAUUUGUUGUUGCCUCUGUAAUUCCAUUAUAUAAGUUAUUUGAAAGAUACCAAAUUUUUUAUUGUCUUUCUGUUUUAUUUUUUGUUGAGUCAAAUCUGUCCCGCCGCCACCUAAGCGUCGUCUUGGCAUGCCUCCCAGUUGUGGUAAUAUUUCGAACCGCAAACAUGUUGAGACAAUGUCAAAAUGGGGCAUCAGAAAAUGUGUUGAAUGUUCAUCCUCAUAGGGUGAGGGUUAGGGUCAUUAAGCCUUGUUCUCUUAGAAUCUAGAUGAAUGUCAAAAAAAUUAAUAUAGGAUUGUAUUCGUUUCAUCCCACUGUGCCACCCAACUGCUGCACAUCAACUCAGGUUUAAUUAUCAUGUGUGGUUAAAGUGGACCAGCUGUUAAGAGUGAUUUUCUAAACAUUGGGGAGUCCUCCAGGGCGGUGUAUUGGUGCCACUACAUUUGUAAAUACAAGAGGAGGCUCUUGAAAGUUUACUUUGUCCCUUCAGCUUGACUGUUGGUGUCCCUUUUUGAAGUUGCUGUAUUGUGAAAGUAGUCACUGCUGUUGUGUUUUUUUUCUACCUUUUAGACGAUAAAGUUUGUAAUGGGAAAAGGAAAAGAGCCAGGUUUUUUUUUCUGUAGCAAAGAGAAAGUUUGAAGCCCAGUGGGGAACCAUUUUUAAGUGACCAUUGUGCUAAGCCUCGACCUCCCCGUAUAUGAAUGUGAAAUGUACAUUUUGUAAAACAAGAAGAUAACUUAUGAAGUCAAAAGAGAUAUUUGUAAUGUUUCCUUGUGCAAAAAACAAACAAUGUUUACCUUCAGUGUUUCUUGUCCAGAGAUGAAAAAAAAGAAAAAGAAAAUAAA